UUCUUCCCUUCAUGAGCUAUAUUUUUGUGUUUUCAUUUUUCUCUGUUCCAUAUAAAAUUAAAAUAAACUAGAUUGUUAUUGAUCGAUCUAUGGCGAAGUUGACAAAGAGAAUAGGUGCGCUUGUGCUGCGGUUAGCGGCCUUUGGGGCGGCUCUCGCUGCUUUGAUAGUUAUGGUCACUAGCCGCGAGAGAGCUUCCUUCUUUGCCGUCUCUCUUGAAGCUAAGUACACCGAUAUGGCCGCCUUUAAGUAUUUUGUGAUCGCAAACGCUGUCGUGAGUGUUUACAGCUUUCUAGUUCUGUUUCUUCCUAAGGAGAGUUUACUGUGGAAGUUCGUCGUCGUCUUGGAUUUGUUGAUGACAAUGCUACUAACGUCAAGCAUAUCAGCGGCGUUAGCGGUGGCGCAAGUGGGAAAGAAAGGAAACGCAAACGCAGGUUGGCUUCCAAUUUGCGGCCAAGUUCCAAAGUUUUGCGAUCAGGUCACCGGAGCUCUCAUUGCCGGCUUCGUCGCGCUCGUCCUCUACGUCUUGUUACUCUUAUACUCUCUUCACUCCGUCGUCGAUCCUUUUCUUCUCCAGAAAUCUUGAAUCUAACUUCUUUUCCCACUCAGUAUCAGUUAAUAUACGUUUCAAUAUCUAUAUUAUACGUCGUUUGUGUAUUGUAUUUAUAUGUUUUCUGUUUUAUAUGUCGAGAUUGUCAUAGUAUUUCAUUUUAUGGACUAAUUAACAUUAUAGACUGA